AUGGGUGUCAACCAAAGCAAGCUCAACUACGAGUCGAGUCUACGGUCACAACGCUCAUCACGUAUGAUGAUGGGUGAUGGUAGUAGUAGCAGUGGCAGUAGAACAAGUAGCAAAUUACACCUUUAUCGUCAAUCCCAACAACAACAACAACAACGACCCAUCAUCUCCAGCAAGAAGAAGGAGGAAGAGACUGAGUCAACCUUGUCACGUUGUACAACCAGGCACGGGGCAUUAGAUCCGACGACGCACUCCCAUUAUAAUGACACGAACUUGAAGCAAGCGACCAAAUCAACCACAAGAAGCUAUAACAACCAACAUGUACUCGAUAGCGGCUAUUCAUCGGGAUGGCAACAAAGCAGCGUUUUAUUUUCUCAUAUCUCAUCCAACAUCACUACCGCCACUGAACUUUCGCAUUUUUGCCUUGAUGAUAAACCCACCAACACAGCUUCCAUUGUUGCUCAGGUGACAGCAGCCACAACCACAUGUUCCAAUGCAUCGUCAACCUCAUCGUCAUUGGCUCCUUCUUCCCAUGUCAAUGAAAAAGCAACAACAACACCCAUCACCACAAAGUCCAUUCUGAAUCAACUGGUCAAUGCGCCCCAUGAAACCCAACUCAUUCUGGACAGAGCUUUUGCAUCAGCUUACGAGCAACAACAACAACAACAACAACAACAACGUGAUCAAAAGGACCCAGUCUAUGCAGCCUACAAUGCAGCGUUACAAUGGAGCCAGCAAGUCGAUGAUGAAGAUACGAGGCGAGCAGCACAAGUAUGGGUGGCACGUUAUCACGUGGAGUACAAUCAAGAUCCUUCUCAUGGAUUCAAUCACCUCAAAGCACUUGCUCAUGGUGGAUGCUGGCAAGCCUUCUUCCCUCUUGCUAUAUGUUAUUUACGCGGUGUUGUGACCAAACAGGAUGAUCGUAUCAUCCAGCCUGUGGAUACAACAAUGGCUCGUCAAUGGUUUAGCACAGCUGCUCAAUUGGAUCCCACCACCACAACAGACAAGACCGUUCGUCCCACUGUGGCCCUUGCUCAAUUGCAUUUGGGGAUAUUGAUGACUCAGGAACAUGACAAUCAAAAAGCCUUUCAUUGGUUUCUCAAGAGUGCAGACAAUGGCAAUGCGCAGGCACAGUUCAUCGUGGCCAUUCAUUAUGCAAUGGGAUUGGAGGUGGAUACUAUCGAUAGGAUCAAGGCUAAGAGCUAUCUGGAAGAGAGUGCCAAGCAAGGAUUUGUUCAUUCAAAAACAGCCCUGGGUAUCUUGCAUUUGGAGGAUGACGAGUAUGAUCGUGCUUUGAUAUGGUUGGAGCGAGCUGAACAAAAGGGUGAUCCUCGUGCUCUCUUUCGACUUGGAUUGCUUUACAAAAGUGGACAACAUCGACGCUAUCAAACAUCUGCAACAGCGAUGGCGACGGUGAAGCAAGAUUGGGAAAAGACAGUGCAUUGUUUCAAAGCUGCUGCUGAACAAGGUCAUCCGGGUGCUCUCUUUCAACUUGCUCUUGGCUAUCGAAAAGGCAGCCUUGGUCUCAAAUGCAACUUGGCCCUCGCUGAUCAAUUGAUUCAACAAUCGGCAAAGGCAGGCUAUACACCCGCUCAACGAUUCCUUGGUUUCAUGUAUCGAGAAGGAUGGGUGCUCACUGGAUUGAAAGAUACGACAACAACAGCAGCAGUAGCAGGCUCCCGUGUACAUCACAAGAAAUCCGACAAGUUGGCAUUCCAAUGGUUUUAUCGAGCAGCACAACGGCAUGAUUUAUAUGCAUAUAUUCUUGUGGGACAAUGCUAUGAGCAAGGUCGUGGUGUACCCGUCAAUAGAAAGACAGCUCUUGAAUAUUAUCAAAAAGCAGCUCAAAAGGAGGAUUCACCUUGCCAAGCCAAGGCACAACAUGCUAUGGCAGAUCUUUUAUUACGUAUGGGACGAUUAUCAGAAGCCUAUCAUUGGUUUACUUUGGCAGCCAACAAAGAGGAGGAGGAUGACAUUGAAGAAGAAGAAGAAGCAACAUGUGAUGAAGCACAAUUAGGGGCGUCUUCGUACGACUAUCACUGGCCAACACGACGUGCUAGACUCAUGGUUGCAAGAUAUCACCUGCAUGGCUGGGGUGGUGUUACCAUUGACAGACAACGCGCCUACAAUAUCCUGACAGAGCUGACAGCCCAUACCGAACAAGAUGGCCAUGCCCAUUAUUGGUUAGCCACAUGCUAUCUUGAAGGAAUCCCCGAUGUAUGCGAGAUCAAUUAUGCAGCCGCGUUUGAACAUUACUCCAUUGCAGCAAAAACAAGUGUACUCGAUUCGGAAUAUCAGUUGGCUCGCAUGUAUGCCAAGGGGAUGGGUGUCGAAUGUGAUCGUUCAAAAGCAUUGGCUUGGUACAAAAAGGCUGCUAGUCAUGGCCAUCAAGAUGCACUCGUUACACUUGGUUACCACUAUUACACCAUGGCGACAACAACAACAAUGACUCUUCAAGAGGACGAGAGCGUGGACAUCAAAAAGGACAACCUGAACAAAGCAAUGCAAUACUUUGAAAAGGCGGCUGAUAUGGGCAAUGUGAAUGCUAUGGAACGACUUGGGGAUAUUUUGCUCUCCUUGGCAGCGGCACCCACCCUUACAUUGAAAGGAAAACGUGAUCGAGACCAGCAACGUAGUCGGGCAGUGCAUUAUUACACAAAAGCAGCUUCGAUGGAUCAUGCAACAGCACAACGUGAGCUUGGUAAGCUCUAUCAUGCUGGCAUUGGUGUCGCACGAGACUACGAGCGAGCAUUUGCAUUAUUUUCAAGAGCAGCAGCUCAAGAUGAUCCCGCCGCCACACUCCUUUUGGGCAAUUGUUAUGAGCACGGUCAUGGAACCAUCCAAGAUCAGGAAAGGGCACUCGAACUUUAUCAACGUUCAGCCAAGCUGAAGGAUCCAUUUGCUUCCUUUGCUGCUGCUCAAUUAUAUAAUGAGCUCAACCGUAUCCAUGAAGCUUACACACACUAUAAACUCACCGCCAACGACCAUCGACUAAAGUCAACCACAACGAGCAAGACAGCAAAGUGGAUGAUGAGCCGAUACAUUGUGGAUUAUGACGACAUGCCCUUUGGCGAAACCAAGGAGGAUGCCUUUAAGAUGUUAUCCCAUCUUGCUAUCACGGAGGACAAUGGCGAUCCAUUUACACCUGCUUUUUAUUGGCUUGCGUAUUGUUUCCAAUAUGGCAUUGGGACAUCGAUUGACCUUGUGCAAGCUAUCGAGUGGUACCAAAAAGCCGUGGAAGAGGAUGACAAUGUCGAAGCAUUGGUACAACUUGGCCUUAUUCACAGUCAAGGUGGUCCAGGUGUGCCAGGGGAUCAAGGACAUGCUAUGGAUUUGCUCCAACGUGCAGCUGAAAGAGGACAUCCCGCAGGGCAAUAUCAAUUAGGCAUGGCUUAUUGGCGUGGGUUGCACAGCAUAACGAUCGAUGAGGAGAAAGCAACCAUGCUAUUUCAAGAUGCAGCUACGCAAGGUUAUGGUCAGAGUCAUUGGGCACUGGGUGAAAUGGCGUACGAAAAAGGCGACAAGACAAUGGCACUUCAUUGUUGGCAAAAUGGUACUCAGCAAGGAGAUCCAUCUUCCAUGCGAUGUCAAGCACGAUUAUUAUUGGAGCAUAUGCCACAAGAGAAUAAGGAAUGCAUGACACAGCAAUAUAUGGACGCCAUUGAGCUCUUGGCGGGAGCAGCACACGCUGGUGAUAUUGAAUCACACUUUUACUUGGGUCGUAUUUAUCUCGCUGAAGCUGCACUGCUCAAGACGAAUGGAAUGACAUUACAAGAACAACAACAACAACCACCAGCGUCAGAGGACCAAGAGCAAAGGUUGAUGAUGAUACAGCAGCAACAUGAUGAGAAGACAGAAUUGGCCAAACACUAUUUGGAAAAGGCGGCAUUAGCAGAUCACGUCGAGGCCAUGUUUCUUUUGGCCCAGAUAUGGCAUGAGCAGCAGGAAUAUACAACAGCCCACAAGUAUUAUGAAAGGGCAGCAGAGCAAAAUCAUCCACUUGCCAGAGUGAUGCGUGCUCGUUAUUUGUUGGGAGAUGGUAUAUCGGGUAUCGAACCUGAUCCACAAGCUGCUUAUAAGGAACUUUUGGAUUGCGCAAAGAACGAAGGAUGUGUAGAGGCUUAUCAUUCUCUCGGGCAAUGUCACGAAUAUGGGCUGGGAACCAAGCAGGACUACCAACAAGCACUCGAUUGGUAUCUCAAAUCCGUCAAAGUGACAGGUGACGCCGAAGCGCUCUAUCGCAUUGGAAGUAUCUAUGCACAAGGUCUUGUAUCGCCUCCUCCCGAAAGUGAUCGAUCCUAUGAUAUGGAGGCACAUCGCUGGUUUGAGAUGGCCUGUCGUAUGGCGAAUCAUGCUCGUGCACAUUAUCAUCUUGGCUUGUAUUAUCUUGACGGCAUCAAAGAUCACGACGGCGUUGUUUUAUUGGAAUCGGAUCAAGAUAGAGCACUGCACCAUCUACAAUUCGCUGCUCAGCAAAAUGAUCGUGAUGCCAUGUUGCUACUUGGUACAUUGUUGAACGACGAGGAAUGGCUUGAUCAUGCUGCACAACUCGGAUCACGCGAUGCUCUUCGUGAACUUGGCAAAUUAUACUAUCUGGGCACAGGUGCUAUUACCAAAGAACAGGAUUUUGAACAAGCGUACAUGUUAUUCCAUCAAGCUGCAAGUUUAGGUGAUUGUGAUGCUGCUAUGUUUGUGGGGACUUUUCACGAGCAUGGUAUCCAUCAUAUUGUUCCUGAUUUACAACAAGCACUGAGAUGGUACCAAGUGGCAGCCAACAACAAUGAACAACAACCAUGGAUGGCAGAGCUUGCCAUGGCGCGUGUGUUACAUCAGCUACCAGGGAUGCGUGCGCGUGCCUAUGCAUGCUUCCAAGCUGCUUUUGAAUAUGCACCCAGUGAUAAGGAGCGUACUGUGCCCGACAUCAUGAUGGCUCGUUACAAACUACACCAAUGGCACGCUACUUGCACUGAGGAGGAGGAGGAACAACAGGAUGCAAUAACGACUCUUUUGAGAUAUGCCAAUGAAGGUGAUCCACGUGUCUUUUACGAGGUAGCCCUAUGCUACGACAAUGGCCAUGUGGUGGAAAAGGAUAUGGACAAGGCGUUUGAGUGGUAUACUCGCUUGGAGCAAUUCCAUACACAAUUGAAUGAUGAUGCUCAAGACAUGCUCGAAGAAGAGUUGCAACAAGAUAUCCGCAAAGCAUUGUAUCGUCUGGCAGACUACUAUCGGAAUGGAUUGGGGGUUACUCAAGUCGAUCAUACCAAAGCCGCUACCCUUGAACGUCGUGCCUCCUUAUUGUGUAUGGAGGAGGAAGAAGACGAUAACAACAUCCAAUCGCUUCCAUCACCCACAUCAUUAUCAUGA